UUUAGAGUGUACUAAAACGCAUGACAUGGCCUUUGUCCUUAUUUUCUAUGCUUGCAUAAGCACUUGCCAGCCCAUUCCAGACUUCCAGUUCCAGUUCGCCCGCUUCACAAAUAUAGCAGCCGGGGCAAGGAGGGGAGAGGCAGAGUCUGGGGGGGGGGGGAGACUUCAACCCCAAGGACGCCACAAGGGAAGGGGACAAUUUAUAUAUAGGUGAGGCAUUGCAGUUGGGUAGAGCAUUGCUUCUGUGUGGUGGUGGUGGUGCAGACAGAACUAGCUAAGCUCUGCUUGGGGAGUAAGAGGAGAGGAGCAUAUAGAAGUUUUGGGAAGAUGGCCGGAGGCGGUGUGGGCGCGCUGGGAGUGAAGAAGGAGAGGGCGGCGGAGUACAAGGGCCGCAUGACAUGGGCCGUCGCCAUGGCCUGCCUCGUCGCCGCCGUCGGGGGCGCCAUCUUCGGCUACGACAUCGGGAUCUCCGGAGGAGUGACCUCCAUGGACCCGUUCCUGGAGAAGUUCUUCCCGGUGGUGUUCCGGCGGAAGAACUCGGGCCACCAGAACAACUACUGCAAGUACGACAACCAGGGCCUCUCGGCCUUCACCUCCUCCCUGUACCUCGCAGGCCUCGUCUCCUCCCUCGUCGCCUCGCCCGUGACGAGGAAUUACGGCCGGCGCGCCAGCAUCGUCUGCGGCGGCGUCAGCUUCCUCAUCGGCGCCGUCCUCAAUGUGGCCGCCGUGAACCUCGCCAUGCUCAUCCUCGGCCGCAUCAUGCUCGGCGUCGGCAUCGGUUUUGGCAACCAGGGCGUGCCGCUGUACCUGUCGGAGAUGGCGCCGGCGCACCUCCGGGGCGGGCUGAACAUGAUGUUCCAGCUGGCGACGACGCUGGGCAUCUUCACGGCGAACAUGAUCAACUACGGCACGCAGAACCUCAAGCCCUGGGGGUGGCGCCUCUCGCUGGGCCUCGCUGCGGCUCCGGCGCUGCUGAUGACCGUGGGCGGGCUGCUCCUUCCGGAGACGCCCAACAGCCUGAUCGAGCGCGGGCGCGCCCAGGAAGGGCGGCGCGUGCUGGAGCGCAUCCGGGGCACGGCGGACGUGGACGCGGAGUUCACGGACAUGGCGGAGGCCAGCGAGCUGGCCAACACGAUCGAGCACCCGUUCCGGAACAUCCUGGAGCCCCGGAACCGGCCGCAGCUGGUGAUGGCGGUGUGCAUGCCGGCGUUCCAGAUCCUGACGGGGAUCAACUCCAUCCUCUUCUACGCGCCCGUGCUGUUCCAGACCAUGGGCUUCGGCGCCGACGCCUCGCUCUACUCCUCCGUCAUCACCGGCGCCGUGCUCUUCUUCUCCACGCUCAUCUCCAUCGCCACCGUCGACCGCCUCGGCCGCCGCAAGCUCCUCAUCAGCGGCGGCAUCCAGAUGAUCGUCUGCCAGGUGAUCGUGGCGGUGAUACUAGGGGUGAAGUUCGGGACGGACAAGCAGCUGACACGGAGCUACUCGGUGGCGGUGGUGGUGGUGAUCUGCCUGUUCGUGAUGGCGUUCGGGUGGUCGUGGGGGCCGCUGGGGUGGACGGUGCCGAGCGAGAUCUUCCCGCUGGAGACCCGGUCGGCGGGGCAGAGCAUCACGGUGGCCGUCAACCUCUUCUUCACCUUCGUCAUCGCGCAGGCCUUCCUCUCGCUGCUCUGCGCCUUCAAGUUCGGCAUCUUCCUCUUCUUCGCCGGCUGGAUCGCCGUCAUGACCGUCUUCGUCUACGUCUUCCUGCCGGAGACCAAGGGCGUGCCCAUCGAGGAGAUGGUGCUGCUCUGGAGGAAGCACUGGUUCUGGAAGAAGGUCAUGCCGGACAUGCCGCUCCACGAGGAGGACGGGUGGGGUGGAGCAGGGGAUGGUGCGCGUGCUCAUCACAAGUGAACACACAAGAGUACAUAGUACAACAUUAGCUGAGGAGUUGUGCAUUUAUAUGGUUCGGUUUAUGUGUAUGUUGUAGUGGUGUAACUUGGAGUUAAUCUUCCCUUUCAAAAGAAAAAGUAACUUGUAGUAGUUCUUGUUGUUACUUGUGACAGAAGGAAAUUCGAAGGUAGCAUCUUCAGGUAUGAUCAUAUUCACCCCCUUUGUAUCCACAUUUCACACCCUGUCUGUUUAAAACUUUAUGAUGUGCUUGUACAUUUAGAAAGUAAAAUACUGCGAAUUGGGAUUAUGACUUGA